AACACACUCCAAACGAGCUCGCGGGCAAGCGGCUAAUCUCCACCAAUGCCGCUGCUCCUCACCUCCUCCUCGCCGGCCCUGCCGCUUCCGGCGCCGUCCAGGGCCCGGUUCAGGGUCGCGGCCUCCGCCGAAGUCGGCGCCACCGGCCGAGCCGCCCCCGCCACCACCCCCGCCAAGGACUUCCCGCCGUUCCUGCCCAAGGCGGUCGAGCGCAUCCGCGACCGCGCCGCCGUCCGCCUGGCCAGGCGAAUCGAGCGCGUGCCCGUCCAGACCGGCUUCUCCAAGAACCCGAUACAGAGCAGCUGCGUGAGGCCGCUCAAGCAGCAGCAGAGCAGCGAACCGGUGGUGCUGCUCCACGGUUUCGACAGCUCUUGUUUAGAGUGGAGGUACACCUACCCUUUGCUGGAGGAGGCUGGACUCGAGGCCUGGGCUGUGGACAUUCUUGGAUGGGGCUUCUCUAAUUUAGAAACGAGACCACCAUGUGACAUUGCGUCCAAGCGCGAGCAUCUUUACCAGUUUUGGAGAACCUACAUCAAAAGGCCUAUGGUACUAGUUGGGCCUAGCCUCGGAGCUGCUGUUGCCAUUGAUUUCGCAGUCAACUACCCGGAAGCGGUAUCAAAAUUAAUCUUCAUUGGUGCAAGUGUAUAUACUGAGGGCACAAAAGAUAUGACCAGAAUGCCAAAAUUUGUUCCAUAUGCUGGGGUUUUUGUACUCAAGAGUCUUCCUCUGCGACUGUUCGCUACACGCUUGGCUUUUAAUACAAUUCCAGAUGGAUUCUUUGAUUGGGUUCAAAUUGGCCGUCUACAUUGCCUACUUCCUUGGUGGGAAGAUGCUACGGUCAAUUUUAUGAUUACUGGGGGCUAUAAUGUUCUAAACCAAAUAAAGCAGGUGAAGCAAAAAUGUCUGGUUUUAUGGGGAGAGGAUGAUGGGAUAAUAAGCAAUAAACAAGCAUACCGAUUGCAGCAAGAACUCCCAACCGCAAUUUUACGACAGGUAGGGCAGUGCGGCCACAUUCCUCACGUCGAGAAGCCAAGGGAAGCGGCAAAAUAUCUUCUCGACUUCCUCGGGAGCGAUAACGCGGAGAAGGCGGACCAGGCUUCUUCCCUGACAUCAAAUUUAGUACCAACGCUUAGUGCUCAGUGAAGAGGAGAAGACCCUUGGGCUGGCGUGUGUGAGGUAACAUGUACAGGGCGCACCACAAUCCCCGCUCGCCUGCGAUCUUCUUAACUUUAGUGGAGGCCUGUGAUGCACGCGUCUGGCACUUAUCCCCAGCAACAUCCUGCAUUGCACCAGCUGGGCGCAGCCGACUUGAUGAACUACUGGCUCCCAGAUCCUUUCCGUGGAGAUGGAAGAGCUUGCACUAUAGAGUCGAGAACUCAAACAGCAGAGGCAGAAACAUGCAUCUGCUCGUCAGCUCCUCUUCUUUAGGUCGCUGGUCAGCUGUUAGAUUAACAGUAGGAAAAAUGUAUAUCUUGGUGGGUGCAGUCAUACACUCACAUGUUGUGGUCUCGGUUGAGCAAGCUUGUCUCGUUGCAUCAACAUAUAUAUGUGCAUAUGGACGGGGUGUGGUCUCGGUUGAGCAAGCUUGUCUCGUUGCAUCAACAUAUAUAUGUGCAUAUGGACGGGGUGUGAUGCAGUGCUCUGUUCCACGGAAAAUGUAACUGGGGCUGACUUCUUUACUGAAAAAUAUAAGCUGUAGCAA